UCUGAAGCCUUUACUAUCGAUAGGCUUGAAAGAGCAGUCGCAGACUCGCAAGACGCAUGCUCAUCAUUCUUUCUUUAAAUCAAACAAAACAAAGUUGCAUUCUUGAUUUACUAUUAUAUUGUUCUUGAUCUGCUAUUCUGAAUCGAGGUUUGGGUGCCGAGAAAGCAAGAAUUGAAAGAUGCAGAAAACGGCGCAAGGAUGGUUCUCGCAAGCAACUGACGGCGAUAAUGGCCAGAAACCGUCGUCUUCUUUGCUGGCCGAUUGGAAUUCGUACGCAGCAUCCCAAUCUACGGAGGAGAACUCUGAUUCCGCUUUUGGUUUUGACAUCGAAUCUGCCGUUAGGUCUGCCAACGACACAGUGACGGGUACCUUCAGCGUGGUUUCUAAGGGUGUGAGAGAUAUACCUGGCAAUUUCCAGUCUGCCACUAGUAAUGUUCCUUCUGGGAAAGCCCUCCUAUAUUUUGGUUUGCUUCUAGCGACUGGUGUCUUCUUUCUUUUCAUUGCAUUUACCUUGUUCCUUCCUGUGAUGGUGGUUGUGCCUCAAAAGUUUGCCAUAUGCUUUACUCUUGGGUGUGGAUUUAUCAUCGGAUCAUUCUUUGUUCUCAAAGGUCCAAAGAAUCAGCUUGCCCACAUGGCAUCAAAGGAGAGGCUCCCCUUCACAUUGGGUUUUAUAGGCAGUAUGAUUGGUACCAUAUAUGUGUCAAUGGUGCUUCACAGCUACAUUCUCUCCGUGUUAUUCUCUGUCAUACAGGUUCUGGCACUUGGGUACUAUGCAAUAUCUUAUUUUCCUGGUGGAUCUGCUGGCAUGAAAUUUUUGACAUCUGCUCUCACAUCUUCAAUAAUGAAAUGUUUUGGGAGGUGACAUAUUUUAGCUGAUGAGAGGUGAGGUCUGCUCUUUAGUUGAUGAGAUGUGGUAGUUGAAGUGUAAAUUUGUCUCUCAAGAUAUGUCAUGUUCCUUGAAACUUUGAACUGAUAUGAGAAUAUAGCUGAUUUGACGCAUCAUCUAAUGUUUCCAAGAGAUUUCAGUGUUUGUUGUAGCAUCUUGAAGGGAUUUAUUUUUCGAAUACAAGCCUCAAGCUUUCAGUUGCAAAGAAUAUUGCCUGAUCAAUGGGCUGACCAAGUGUUCUGCAUUACUCUUCAUGCCAACUCUCAAAAGAUUUAUCCUUCUAAUGAGAUAUUAUUUGACGCUCUUUCUUUGAUUUCUUGUUUGCUGUUGGCAUUUUCUCCUGUUGGUAACGGAAACAAACCAUAUUGCGGGCGAGACGAAGGGGGAUUUAUAUAAGUUCGAUCAUUUUGAUUUUA